GAAUUGGGAGCAAGGUGUUAUUAAUUCAUUUGAGAUAAGACCAUUGGUAGAUAUCCACUAAUGAGUUAGGUAAUUAUGUCAUUUGCAUAGCUUGUGGUGGGACUAUAUAAGACCAACAUUGCCAAAUUAGUAACAGUUCAGCAUCGUAACUUGUUACAAAUAUGUCUCUGCGUUUAAUUCUUAUUUGCUUGGCCAUCUUGGCAAUGGUCUAUGCACAGCCUGCUCCAGGAGCUCCGGAAAUCAUUGAGGAUUCUGAGCCAGUUCAGGAGACUUCGGAGGAACCACUACCCGAUGGAUUCAAACGGACCUUAGUCUUGCUGCUGCCAAUACUAUUCCCCAAUUCCUUUUAUAGCCCGGUCGCAACCGGUAAAUAAACUAAUUAUUUGAGCAUUGAAGUACCUUUGCUCUGUUCCAUAA